AAUAUAAAAUAUAAAUAAUACAUAUAUAUAUAUAUAUAUAUAUAUAUAUAUAAAAUGCAAUAUAAUGUAAAAAUAGCCAUUAUAUAAAAUGGCCAUAUUUGAGUAUAUUUAAAAUUUUUUUUUAGAAUUUUUUUUUUCUACAGAAUGAAAAUAUGUAAUACAAUAUCAUUGUUAGUUAUCAUUGUUAGUUAUCAAUACAUAUCAUCAUAUAUAUUUAUCGUAUCGAUAUCUUCUAUAUCUGAUAAAAGAAAAAAUAAAAAAAAAAAAGAAGUGGUUGCUGUUUCAUAGUUUUACUAUAAUUAUCGUUUCAAAUUAUCUAUUUUGCUCGUAUCAAAUAAUAAAUGAUAGUUGAUUAAUAAAAGGAAAAAAAAAGGAAAAAGAAGAAACGAAUCUGCAGACAUAUGUAUAUAUAUAUAUAUAUAUAUAUAUAUAUAUAUAUAUAUAUAUAUAUUUAUAUUAUAUAUAUAUAUAUUUUCAACGAAGAUUAUGUCGAAAUUUCAAUGAAUCCUCAUCUGAUGUUCAUAUAUAAGAAAAAUAUAUUUUUCGACAAUUGUUCGAUGUAAAUACAUAGAAUAGAACAGAAAAUUUUCGAAGUUUAAAUCGGUGCAAGCCGAUAUGUAAUGUGUUUCUCGAAGUUCUUCUCUCUUAUCCUCGAUUCAGAUAAAAAAAAAAAGAAAAAAGGAUAUAUAUAAAUUCUUACGUGUUCUUAUCCCGUUCAAUUCGAACGAGAAAAUAUAUUAUUGUUGAAAAUGCAUUAAUCUAUUGAAUAAUAGAUCGGUAAAUAAUUUUUGAAUGAUAUAAGAUGUAUUAUAUGAAAAAAAAAAAAAAAAGGAAAUUAAAGGAUGUUUCUUAUAAUGUUUUUUUUAAAUAAUGUCACACAACAUGAAACACAUAGUUUAAAUAUUAUAUUUGUUAACAUGAAAUUUGAUUUCUAAGAAGAAACAUUCUUUUUUGAUUCAUAAGAUAAGCAGAUUUUUUUCUAUUUGCCAACAAAAAGAUAAUUCGAUUGAUUGACGCGACAAAAGAGUGAAAACAGAUAAAGAAGAACAAGAAAUUAGCGAUACCUGAUUUUUAUGUAUGCGUUGAUCGCAUAUUAUCGAGGUAGAGAUAUUGAUUAAAGGUAUCUAUUCAGAUAAGGGUAAAGGUUUCCCUGAUAAGCUUUACAAAGAGUAUUUCUACUUCAUCAAGUUUUGCAGCACUCGCGAAUGAACGCUCGAAAUAUCAACGUGAAUCAAGUGACGAAAUCAAAAAACACGACGAUGCAAAAAUUUUUGAUAAUAUUGCUGACCAUCGGCCUCGUUUCUCUACAAUCCGGGGCCGCGCUCAAGUGUAGAGUAUGCAAGGGAAAUUGUACCGAUUUACAAAAUCAAAAUCAAGUCUCAGUGGAAACAUGUAAAGCAGAUGUAAAGCCUCCUGAAGAAUCAUCGACCGUAACAUCGAGCCCAGAAACAUCGAGUCCAGAAUCAUCGAGCCCAACACCAUCGAGCCCAGGAUCAUCGAGCCCAACACCAUCGAGCCCAGAAUCAUCGAGCCCAGAAUCAUCGAGCCCAGGAUCAUCGAGUCCAGAAUCAUCGAGCCCAGGAUCAUCGAGCCCAGGAUCAUCGAGCCCAGGAUCAUCGAGCCCAGGAUCAUCGAGCCCAGGAUCAUCGAGCCCAGGAUCAUCGAGCCCAGGAUCAUCGAGCCCAGGAUCAUCGAGCCCAGGAUCAUCGAGCCCAGGAUCAUCGAGCCCAGGAUCAUCGAGCCCAACACCAUCAAGCCCAACACCAUCGAGCCCAACACCAUCGAGCCCAACACCAUCGAGCCCAACACCAUCGAGCCCAACACCAUCAAGCCCAACACCGUCAAGCCCAACACCAUCGAGCCCAACACCAUCAAGCCCAACACCAUCGAGCCCAACACCAUCGAGCCCAACACCAUCAAGCCCAACACCGUCAAGCCCAACACCAUCGAGCCCAACACCAUCGAGCCCAACACCAUCGAGCCCAACACCAUCGAGCCCAACACCAUCGAGCCCAACACCAUCGAGCACAACACCAUCGACCCCAACACCAUCGACCCCAACACCAUCAAGCCCAACACCAUCGAGCACAACAUCGAAGUCAAACAUAUUUGCUUUCAAUGAUAGAAAUGAGAGGAAGCGUAGAAGUUUGCUCGGCCGUUUUUCCUCAGAAAUAAAUGCACGCACAAAUGAUUCUGAUUUCCUUUGUUAUACUAUUAAAGAUCAAAACCACGAAAUCACGGAAAUGGGAUGUACUUCUGACAGUGAUAUUUGUAAAAAUACUGAAAACUGUGAAGUAUGUCGCGAAAAUGAAUGUAAUUCGGCAACAUCGAAUGCUGUUUUCGCUUCUAUGGUGUUCUCUUUAUCAGUAAUCAUAUUUUUCAUGAAAUAAAUAAAUUGUCAAUUUAUUUAUUCUAAAGCAUACUUUUUCGAAAAUCAAAGAUCGAUAUCAAUCGAUUUUCUUCGUUUUUUCGUGAUAAAUAUCGAUAUUUAAUCUAAAAAAGCAACAAAAUUUUAUAUAUCAUUAUUUAUAAUGUCAAGAUUCUAUGUUUGUAUCUAUAUUUGUAUUGGCCAAUAAAAACUUGUUUUAUGUUACCUAAAUUAAAUUCAAACUUAAUCAAACUAAAAAUUCCAUUUUUGUUUUAUGCUGUUUGAAUAUCAUAUCUGACAAAAUUAAUUGUAAAAUUUAUAAAUACAUAUGAUGAAUUUGAAAUAAAGACGUUGUAUUUUGUGUUAAAA